GGUUAAUCAGUUAGUUGAUCACCAGCUUGCUGCAGAGAAUCUUGACUCUUGUUUUGCUGAACAAAGUUCUACUUACAUUUUAUUAUUUUUGUGCAAUUUUAAUCCAUAAUCAUGAUCACUUGAUUGAAACUCGAAUUAAAUCUGAAAACAAGCACAUCAAUCAUAAUUUCGUGAAACAAUUUGACCGUCGCGAGUGAAUUUGUACCAUGAGUGUCACACCAAAGUGGCUCCAACUCCAACUGGUUUUAUCUGUCUGGUACAUAAUACACCAGCUCAAACAGAUCGUCCUUCGGUUCUGGCCCUUUCUCGAGCGCCCAAUUGUGAAAGUGAGCCAGGGAAGAGUUCGGGGCGUAACGGCCAAACUGCCCAAUGGCAGGCGUUAUCACUACUUCAAGAGCAUUCCGUACUGCAAACCUCCGGUCGGGGAGUUGAGAUUCCGGCCACCGGUUCCGUUGGAGCGAUUCGAGCAGCCCGUUCUCAACUGCAGCUACGAACGACCUGAUUUUAUUCACUAUCAAGCUCCGCUGGACAAGUUUAUCUUUGGAACGGAGUCGUCCCUUCAUUUGAGCGUCUUCACACCAGGCUUGCCGUCGGAAGGUGCCUCCCGAUAUCCGGUUAUUGUGUUUCUUCCGAGUGGGGGUUUCCGAGCGUGUACGAACAGUACCUUUAUCUUCGAUCCGGAACCCAUAGUUCUGGAGGGAGUGGUCGUGGUCACUGUCGGUUAUCGUGUUGGCCCGUUGGGAUUCCUUUGUCUACCGGAUGCUGGUAUCAGCGGGAACGCUGGACUUAAAGAUCAACGGCUUGCGCUGAAGUGGGUUCAUGAGAACAUCAACCAGUUCGGGGGCGAUGCCGGGAACGUAACCUUGAUGGGCUUAAGUGCUGGCGCGUGGUCUGCGUAUCUACACUAUCUGGCUCCGAAUUCAAGGAAGUACUUCCAUAGAAUUAUUUGCCAAAGCGGGGACGCCUGUACGGACUCGGUGUUCCAGCUAGAUCCGGAAGAAAAGGCUAGAAAACUGGCGCAGCUUUUGGGCUGUCGCGGUAGCACAGAUCGUGACGUUCUUGACACCCUCACAAAGGCCCCCGCCAAGCUGUUGACAAAGCUUCAAAAGAAAAUCUGCAGUUCCGGGGAAAUCUCCUGCCCAAUGAGGUUCAUCUUCCGGCCAGUCAUAGAGCGCGACCUCACUGCGGACAGCAUAAUUUGCCAACCGCCAGAGCAGAUUCUCAAAUCGUACGACACACUGCGAAUGCCGAUCAUGUCCAACCUGUGCAGCGCCGAAGGCGUGCUGGGAAUUAUGAUGAGCCGAGAUCGACUGGACCAGUACAACCAGGAGGAAUGGCUUGUGCCGCAGUUUUUGGGCCACUCGGAAAAGAUGGAUCGCCAAAGUGUAGGGAACGAGGUCAAGCAAUUUUACUUUGGUGACCGGAAGGUUGGCCAGAGCAGCUUAGCUGCGUUGUGCGACUUCAUGACGGAUUGUACCUUCGCCGUAACAUCCUGUCUGAGCGCCGAAUGGAUCGCUCGAUAUCAACCGAAUGUAGAGCACUACUUCAGCUACUUCUCGUACAACGGCCGUUUGAACUAUGCCAAAGCUGUAUUGAAUGUAGACGUUAAGGAAGCGAGUCACGGUGACGAUCUUUACUAUCUUUUCAGUGCCCCCUUCGUCAAAAAGUUACCCAAAGACAGCGACGAGUACAGGGUACGCGAGAUUGUAGUGAAAGCCGUUACCAACUUUGCCAAGUGUGGCAAUCCUACGCCGGACGAGAGUCUGCUGGGAUUCCAAUGGAGGCCGGUGGCGCCAACGGCGCCAAACACGACAAAGUUCGACCUGGAUAGUCUGGAGGUGAAUUUACCGCCGCGAAUGAUCCGUAAUCCCAACCCGGAACGGAAGGAAUUUUGGCGGAAGAUGAUUCGGGAGAAUACCAAUUUACUGAUUGGGUCCUCGUGCUGUAGAGUUCAACCUGGUACCAUGACUCUCAAGUGGGCUAAGCUACAGCUGGUCAUAGUGCUGUGGUACGCCUGGCACCAGCUUAAGCAGAUCCUGCUCCGAUUUUGGCCCUUUCUCGAGCGUCCCAUAGUGGAAGUACGCCAGGGUGGAGUUCAGGGCGUAACGGCCAGGCUGCCCAACGGCGUGCGUUAUCACUACUUCAAGUGCAUUCCGUACAGCAAAGCUCCGGUCGGGGAGUUGAGGUUCCGGUCACCGGUUCCACUGGAGAGGUUUGAGCAGCCCGUCUUGGACUGUAGUUACGAAAGGCCUGAUUUUGUUCAGAUUCAGGGACCUCACGACCUGCGCGUAGUCGGGGUUGAGUCGUCACUUCAUCUGAGCGUUUUCACGCCGGGAUUGCCGCCGGAAGGUGCUUCGAAGUAUCCCGUGAUUGUGUAUAUCCCGGGUGGAGGACUACGGGCGUGCACCAACAGUACGUUCAUCUACGAUCCGGCUCACAUCGUUCAGCAGGGAGUCGUCGUGGUCACUGUGGCGUACCGUGUUGGACCGUUGGGAUUCCUGUGUCUACCGGAUGCUGGUAUUAGUGGAAACGCUGGACUCAAAGAUCAACGGCUUGCGCUGAAGUGGGUUCAUGAGAACAUCUCCAAGUUCAGGGGAGACACCGAGAACGUGACCUUGAUGGGUCAAAGUGCCGGCGCGUGGUCAGCUUAUCUGCACUAUCUGUCUCCGAAUUCCAGAAAGUACUUCCACCGGGCGAUCUUCCAAAGUGGGGACACCUGUACGGAAUCGGUGUUCCAACUCGAUCCGGAAGAAAAGGCCAGAAAGUUGGCGAAGCUUCUGGGUUGCCGAGGCAGUUCGGAUCGCGAGGUUCUGGGUACGUAUCUCAACAACUUAAACGAGCGCACGUGCAAAAACCGUUGA